AUGGCGAACACGACGUUAGCAGACAAUGGCCAAUGGAACAGCAAACCAGCGUGGAAGCUGCCGGGAUGGUGCGAACCUGUUAUGGUUGCCAGCAUCCUGUUCUUCGCCAUGUUCAUAACACGAAAGCGCGACUUUAAAAUCUUCGGCCGGUCAUCACAGCGCACCGGCUUCCUCGACAACACCCCGAACGAGUCUACCGACCGCCUCCUCCAGUCCGACAGCGACAGCGAAUUCGACGAGAUUAGCGCGGUUAAGAACCCCAACGCAUCCAAAAUCCGAAGCAUCUUCUGCUGGAGGGUUACAACACCCAACACAUCGCGUUUCCGCCACCAUGUCCACAGUCGCAUACUGCAGCGCUUCCCUUUCUUGAUUGAGAUGUUCUAUUGGGUUAUCAACUAUGCAUUCUACCGCAUGACUGGCGUCGUAUCGGCCAAGCUCUUCGCUGGGCGCGGGAUAUGGGACGUAUCUCAGGAACACGGGAUUGCAGUACUGGAAGCGGAGGAGUUUGGCCUCCUGAGAUUCCUGUUCCCGGUCCGAGAGAGGGACGUACAACAGUGGUUCAUGCAUGGACACCAAGAUGCGCUUACGGUGCUGAACAAGUGCUAUGCGCUGAUCCACAUCCCUGGAACUGUUGGCUUCAUCUGCUGGUACUACUACGUAGCCCCGUCGUUUGACACCUUCGCCAUCGCCCGCCGAACCCUCACCCUUACCAACUUCUGCGCUUUCAUGACCUUUGUUGUAUACCCAUGCAUGCCACCGCGACUUCUACCCAAGGAGUACGGCUUCCUCGACACCGUCCGCCAUGACGACGCACAAAGUGUAUGGAUGAGUGGCAAGUUUGUCAAUCAACUCGCAGCGAUGCCCUCGAUGCAUUUUGGCUACGCAUUCUGCAUUGGCAUGACCAUGAUCUACCACUCAGGUCUCUUCCGCCGCACCUUGGAACAGGGCGAAGUGCGCAAGAACGCCUUCUGGAAGAUCUUCUACCUGAUUGUUGGAAUAGGAUACCCCUCUUUCAUCCUGACGGUCAUUGUUGCCACGGCCAAUCAUUACUUCAUGGACGCCUUGGUGGCUACCUGCUUCGUCUUCUUCUCGUUCCUUUGCAACAAGGUCUUCUACGUCUUCAUCCCGCUCGAAGAUCUCCUGCUCUACGUUAUCCGGGCAGACAAGCCCGUUCCUACAACCGGUGACCGCUUCCACGAGAAGGGUGGCCGGUUAUAG